UCUCAGUUGAACGACGGAUCUCGACUUGAACGCGCGCGUUUGACCUGCCAGUGUUGUGCAUAGAUAGCUCUUCAAUCCAGGAGGCUCCUCUUUUGAGUAUUUUGUGUGUUGAGUCCACAUCUAAGCUGUGUGGUUGUUGCUUCGCUGUAUCAAGGGACCAUCGGUGGAAAACUUCGCGUUGUUCUGAUUUCGAUUCCGUUUCCGGAGGAAAACAAAAGUGAAAAUCGCAGAUAAGGUACAAGAGGAAGAUGAUGAUGGUGAUGAUGAAUAAUCAAGAUCGGCUUUAAGAGAGAAUAUUUACAACGGUGCGCGCUCGAGUGUUCCCUCGUGUUCUGAUUGUGCAGCAUCAGCCCUUUUUGUGUUGAAAACGGGCACAUAAAAAGCGCUAAGCGCGGGCUGCUCUCGGAAUUGUUCUGUGUAUUCUGUUGUGUUGUGUCGUCUGUGUCUCCUGUUGUUGAACAAGGCGCGAGUUUCGGUCGAGAGGGUGGCAUAUUUAUCCUUGUGGUGGCGGAUGCUGAGACGAGAGAAGAGUACACAAAUAUAAAUGAGUAGGAUUUCGUAAAAUCUGCAGAUGUGCAACUGAAACCGUCGACGACAGCGACAAGAACGAGGACGUAAAGAGGACAAAAGUGGAAGCGCAGAAGUGAUUUCGUUUCGACGAGGGUGUGUAUUGUAAGGCUCAUUUGAAAUCUGUUGGAAAUCCCUAUCGUCGAGCCGACAACCACGACGACGACUACAGUGAAGAGUGCAGAGUUCGAAGCUCUAAACAUUCUCAGCACAAGUUGCCCAGUCGGUGUUUGAAGGAAUAGGCGCGAGUAGUGCUGUUGGUAACUGUUUCUGUGGAUGCUGCAAUUAUCCCAACUGUGUGUGUUGGUGGUGCUUCAAAACUAGUUCGGGUAUGUUAAAACCACGGAGUCGAUGUGCCCAUUCGAAGUCCAUAUUCUGAAAGUGCAAUCUUCAAAGAUCUCAUCGUACUGAAAAACAACAAACAAACAUUACAAUCAUUUAUACGUAAAAGUGCAUCAAUCUACAAGUACUAAAGGAAAACAAAUCAACGUUAAAUUAGUUAUAACGCAUUGAAAAGGUGCAGCUAGACAAGUGCAAAACCCCCCUCUCUCAAAUGCAAAGCCAAAGAACGAAAUUUAGUCUGUGAUUUUUGUUUUGUGUUUCUACUUGUGUUUUUCUCCGUCUAAAACCCCGUGUUUUCCGCAUUUUUGUUCGGAAUAGCAAAACAACCUGUCAUCGUCUGACAUAAGAAAAAAAAAGCAACGAGUCGUUUGACAACAAUAACUAACGGCAACAACUGCUAUAAGUGCUAACAGCCAAGAAAAGCGAAAAUGUUGAUGCAAGUAUCACCGGAUGCGGCCGACGCGCUCGCUUUGGUACCGUCGGCGGCAACGGCCACUACCGGCGUGCAGCAAAAGGACACAACCUGGACGAAGUUGUUCGUGGGCGGUCUGCCCUAUCACACCACCGACAAAAGCUUGCGGGAACACUUUUCCGUCUACGGGGACAUCGAGGAAGCGGUGGUGAUAACAGACCGAACGACGAACAAGAGCCGGGGUUAUGGAUUUGUCAUCAUGGGCGACAGAAUGAGUGCGGAACGGGCGUGCAAGGAACCAAACCCCAUCAUCGACGGCCGGAAAGCGAACGUUAAUUUGGCUAUCCUUGGCGCGAAACCCCGAGGCAACGUUACCCCCGGAUUCCCCUUCACAGCGGCAGGCCUCCGGACAGGAUAUCCUGUACUACCGAGCCAGUUUGGAGUGCAGCAGUCGUACUUCUAUGGAACGCCCUAUCUGGGAACGACAGCCGGAACAACGGGAGCAGCAGCAGCGGCUGCCUCCGGAUUGAUGCCAAUUCCUGCCACGCAGUUAUCGCAUGCCGCUGCGAUUGCGGCCGCCACUAGUCAAUUCUAUGAGUACCAGAAUGCCGUCGCAGCAGCCGCCGCCGCGCCCUACCCUGGCCAGUACAGUGGGUUUGAAGCGUACCCGUACACCACCGCUGCCGGUGCUACAGGAGCCGCCGCAGCGGCCGCUCAGUAUAUGGCAGCACCGUAUGCAUACGCAACCCUACCCCAAGGAGCCGCCGCCGCCGCAGCAGCCGCCGGUGGGUUUCCCGGACUGUCGCCAUACCAGAACGCAGCUGGUGCUGCGGCCGCGUCCGCACUACAAGAGGCAAGACUUCAAUAAUAUUUACCCAAAUCGUCCUCUACCUUGUCGCUACUGGCACUGCUAGGCGGCGGAGUUGACAAGAUCUGAGAAACGCGCGGGUUGUGCACCCUGGUGGACGAUACUGGGAACACUGUCGCGACAUGUUAUCAUCACAUCUACAAUGACAGAGACAGACACAGAGAGCGGCAGCAGCUAGAUUAGCUAGGCAGUUCUUUUUUACACAUAGAUAUUAUCUAGUACUUAUGCAAAUAGUAGGUCUUAAGUAAUCAAUUAUUUACUUAUCGAAAGAUUAUUAUUAUUAUUGAUAUUAAAAUCAUUAAUUACCCUAUUUAUUAUAAAUUAGUUCGUACGGUCAAAACUUAUUAUUUACUAAGUAAUGAAGAACAACAAAGCUCAACAUUAAGACAUAUGAACCGUAACAUUAAAACAAAAUCCUUCGAUUAUUAUUAUUAUCACUAAACAUCAUAAGAGAAAAAAAACUUAGUUGUAAAUUAUUCUAUUAUACAUGGAAAAGUAAUGCAACUAUCAUUGCAAUAAACAUAUUUUAAACAUUUCCUUUUUAUCAAACAAUAAGCGAACCAAUACAAAAGCAAUACAUUUUACGCUACAACCCAAAAAGGAACCAAAAUUUAAUGAAGAAAGAGAACAAGUAAAUGGCAAAACUUUACUUAAACUCUAAACAAGUAAUCUCAAAGAAAGCUAAUAUAUUUUAACGUAAAGAACAAUAAGUAAACAUAUUACAUCUAACCAUAAAUCCUUCAUAUUAGAAAAAUUAUUUCAAUUUAAAAAUCGACGAACACACCAAGUUGGACGAUGUGAAGCUCUGAUAACAUAUUACUUUAUUGCCGAUUAAACCUUAGUGAUAUUUAUCAAUUAUAAAGUCUACUAUUAACAAACUAAAAGAACUAUUUAUACACUAAAGAAAGAGACAACCUAAAUUUCAAAAGAAAUUGCGACGAAAUGUUCUGUUAUGUGUUGGAAGCUCGAAAACAAAAUUAUUCUUGGAAAACACAACUUAUACCAAACCAUUUUGCAACUUUAACAAAGUUCAUUUACUUUAAAACUCAAUCCCUGUCAACCAAACCAUCGCCUACAUGUUCUUUUUGUUGAAUAAUUGCUAGCAAAAAACGAACAAAAAUCAUAUUGGAGCAAAUAAGGGAAGAACAAGAUGAAUCGAAAUCUAGUCAAAUGUUUUGUGUGUGGAUUAUUUAUUUUGUUAAAUAGGUUGUAUUUAGUAAAGGAAAAACCCCCCAGUCAAGCUCCUCCUCAACCCUGAACUCGCCCGCACUAACCUCCAGACCGCAUUAGUCAAUUUGAUUUCAAUUGGUUCGUUUUCUGAGUUUUAGCAAACCACACUUACAACCGCCGACAAUCGACGAUGUCGGCACGGAAACAAAAAAGAGACUUUUCAGAGCUAUCAAAGCACGCAGAGGAGAACCGAAUAGCAGAAGAAUCCUAACCUCAACGUUUAAUAGUAAAACUAAUGAUAACAAUAGCUUAGAGCCAUACCAAAACAGUAACAAUCGAAGACGCAGCAAGUGGUGAAUCGACGCUGGAAGUUUGCAAAGGAAUCAUGUAAGGAAUCUUAUCAAAAAUCGUGCCUUUUCGUGCUGAAGAGAAACAGAAACAAAAAUGAAGGAAAAUGUGAAAACAAUGGCACCACCUAAACAGCAACCCCACGUAAUUUCUCAAUCUUUUCCGUAUUGUGUAGCAUUUUAUCAGCAAAAUGAUGUAAAGAAAAAAAAACGAAUAAAGCGCACCACCAACAAUUUUGACAAUAUAGAGUUUAAUAAUCGAAAUCGAACCAGAGAAAAUCAUAGAAAACGUUUUAAAUAACCCAUCACAAAAUCAGAAAUUAGCAAAAAAAAGUUGUAUUUUAACGAUAACUUUUAGUCCGGUUUCGUAUAACCUGUACAGACACAAAAGUCUCUCAAACCAAACAUAGACUUGCAACACUUGAUCAGCGAAGAAUCCCAUCAAUUGAGCGUGUACACAUCGCGAAAACCGUAAACGUUAACAUCUUUUUAUAUGAUAGAACUGAACAAACCCCACACAAUCUGUAAAUCCUUUUUUAUUCCUUCUUUAAAACCAACUAUCCACCGACACAAACGUUUCCACGCGCGAAAGCAUAAAACUUCGGUGCGCGGCAACAGCAGCAGUGAACCGUAUUUUGCUAACGAAGAUCAGAAAAGCUUCAAUUUCAAAGCGAAGAAUAGCAAUCCUAAUUCUAGUAGAGAUUAAGUUUACACAAAACAAAUAUUGAUGGAAAAUCCUAAACGCCCAUUGAACAUGAAGGAAUCUCAUUAUAUCGCAAUUGCUAAAUUUAACAAGGAAAAUACUAUUUCAACAAAUUGAAACAAACGAACCGCAUUUUGCGGUCACUAUUUUUAAAGACCCCAUGUAUAAAGUUAUGAAUAACAAAACAAAAAAAAACGAAUACUUGUUUAAGGGUAGAAAAGUAUUUUAUACUUUAAACAAAUGAAAAAACAAAAAAAAAAAGUUGAAGAAGGGGAAUAUUUCGACAGUGGAAUAAGCAUAUUAAGCAAAAACAACAGAAAAAUAUCAAUUACUUUAGUGCUACGAAAGAAAGCAAACACAAUUAUUACAUUUCAACAGUAACAAACAAAAUUGAACAUAAACUCAAAUUACCAAGUGGAACCAAAAAACCAAACAAACAUAUAAACAGUCUAACACAGAUACAAGUAAAUAGAAACUCACUUUAACCCGAUGGAAAAUUGGCAAGCGGUGCGUCUCGGCAGUACGCGUACGGCACGCUGCUUGCUACUGUUUCAUUUAGCAUUGCGCGAACAAGAACAAGUAAACGAUUAGUAACUACAACACGAGGAAGGAAACAACCAAAAGUGACAACAAACAGAAGAACACGCGAAGGAGUAAUAUGAGGAUAAAAAUGGAAAUAAUUAUUAUACAAGAUUAGAAGGUAUAUAUUUAAAAUAAAAAGAAACCUAUACGAAAAUA